UGAUUAUUUAAGAACAUUCGUCUGUUCUGUGUCUGCCCAGAAAAAAAAAUCCUCGUUAAUCUUGUGAAGAGGACUUCCUCCUGCCUUUUCAACUCCUGGGUCUGAGAAGGAGCUUCUCUAGCUAGAGAUGGAACUUCUCAUCCUCCUGCUGCUCAGCCUUUCUGGUAGCCAAGCCGUUCCUCUCCAGGGGGAAGCGGUCGGCUGUGAUGACCCUGAAGUUUUCCAUGCAGUAGAACUUAGUCUGAAGGCAUUUAACAGAGACCUUUUCAGUCAUGGCAAUCUCUUCGCUCUCAAUGUGAUUCUGGAAACUAAUAAAACAGCAGGCCCCGGUAAAACCUUCUUUGUGAAAUAUAGUGUACGGGAAACCGCUUGUGCUAACAGAAGUAUCCCCUGGCAGAACUGCAAGUUCCUUCCACCCACAGAAGGAGCCAGAGGCAAGUGUGAAAUUCACAUUGAUGAUACUACAAACUCUACCAAUAUUCUUGGAAUGGGAUGCGGACUUGUUCCACCCCCACUUUGUGUUGGUUGCCCCGAAUCAAUUCCAACUGACAGUAAAGAGGUGUACGAACAACUACAUGCAGCUAUGGAAAGGUUUAACAGAGAAAGUGAUGAAGCCUUCUAUUACAAAGCUGUCCGUGUCACAAAAGCCACCUCUCAGGUGAUGGAUGGAGUAAUUAAUCGAAUUACGUUCAGUAUUAAGAAGACAAAUUGUUCCAAGGCUGAAUUUGACAAACCAAAUCGUUACUGUACUGCUAUACAAAAAAGUGACAAAGGGACGUGUACAGUCAAGGUCCAUAUGGACAACAGAAAGAAACAUCAUCAUACUGACCAGCACUGCAAGCUCCCAGUCAAGCUUUGUCUUGGUUGUCACAAACCGAUUCAGACUGACAGUGAAGAUGUGGAAAAAAUACUGGAUGCCACUAUGAAAAAAUAUAACUCAGAAAGUAAUGAUGCCUUCCAUUACAAAGUUGCCAGCGUCACAGAAGCUACAGCACAGAUUGUGAGUGGAGUAAAUUAUCAAAUGGAGUUCAUUAUUAAGAAGACAAAUUGUUCCAAGGCCAAAUUUGACAAGCUAGAGGAUUCCUGUAUUGCUGCAGAAGAAAUUAAUGAUUAUAUCUGUACAGUCAAGGCCUAUGUGGACCUCACAAACACACUUGUUGAUGCUGACCUGAAGUGCAGGCCCGCAGUUUGUCCUGGUUGCCCCAUACCAAUUCAAACUGACAGUGAAGAGGUGAAGGAUCUGUUGGAUGCAGCUAUGAGAGAGUAUAACUCAGAAAUUGAUGAGAACUUCUAUUAUAAAGUUGACCAUAUCAUAAAAGCUACAUCCCAGGUGGUGAAUGGAGUCAUUUAUCGAAUAACGUUCAUUAUUAAGAAGUGUGUCACACCGAAAUUUCACACAUUGAGAAAUAUUUGUUUGGCUACACAUGAAAGUGCACAAUUUUCUGCCAAAUGUGUUCUCGUUGCUUUUAAGGAAGCUGGGAUGGAUAAAUUUGACACUCAAAUGAUAUGUGCAGAUGAACGACAUGAAAAAGCGAUGUUUUUAGGUAGACCUCCAGGUUUUACCCCUUUCCGAUUAGCUAGGAUGGAUGAAGAGGUACCCGCUACCGAAAGCGAACAUGAAACUGGAGUGCCACAUCUGCCAGAACCGAAGUGUCCAGGAAAACCCUGGGAACCUAUCGUAACUCCUGACGUAUCUAUUGAGGAACCUGAUGACUUGGGCUAUAAAUACUUUCUGCCUUUCCCUGGUGAAGAAAGCACCGCUGGAUCCCACGAAAUUGCACCAACAGUGGCUCUGUGAUCCUGUGGAGAUGUUGAUCUGGCAGGUGGUUUUUCUUUUGGAGGUUUUGAUCUUGAGGAUGCUCUCUCUUAAUUAAAAACAAAAUUAAGUAAACAUGAAAAAAUGUGAUGUAACCCAACCUUCCUCUUCUGUAAUGCAGCUGAUUUGACUUCGCUCUCUCUUCAUAGUCUAUUGAAAAUAAAAGCCGAGCAUCAAAGAA